CAACCAUAAUUAUUAUUAAAGACUCCACCAACAACGACAACAACCAUAAUUAUUAUUAAAAACUCCACCAACAACGACUACAACCUUAAUUAUCAUAUAAGACUCCACCACCAACAACAAAAACAGAAAGUACACCAACAAGAAGGGCCGGGAAAAUGGCGGGAAAGAGGCGGGAAAGAGGCGGAGACAGUUGGCCCAACAGACUAUUGUUUACCCGUGGAGACAUUUGUGUGAGUUCCACUGAGCAGGCACAGGGCCGACCUGGACAACGCCACACACACCUCUUGACCAACAGACGCUGGCCGCCCCAGGCUAGUCUACUAUACUGCAUGAGCGUUGACUAGCCAUUGGUGACGGCGUAUUGCGUCUUUGGCACAACAAAGGAGAAUUGCCACUCUUUUCUAUUUAUAAUUAGCCAUGGUUUGCUGAAAACUUUACCUGGACGGCUUAGUGCGCAUGUCUGAUAUCGCCGUCUUUCUGAGUGGUCAAUAUCGAUGUCCGUCUCAAGCUUGGUUACCCAACGUGAACACAUCUGGUCAGCCAGCCAAAGUUAGUUAGUCAGAUGACUGAACGUUCUCGUUUUUCAAUCUUCCAAGAGUUGAGGCUCACUUAAGUUGUGGCGGAUUCUUCAAAGUGAUUGUUGGAAACGUUCACGACUUGGAAAGGAGUGAUAAUUUGUACACAGUACAGUGUUUCACACAUUGUUUUACAGAGUGUUUCAUACACUUCACCACGUUCGGACGGAUUAAUAAAAAACAACCCACCAACGUUUGCUGUUUGUCCAGACAUACACCACAGUGGACCAGUGGAGCGUCAGCAGCGUGGGAAUUUGUUUUUAUACCAGCGUGCCCUUAUUAUUCUCUGCCGGUGAAUAAAGCCAGCCAUGGUUCUCACGCCGUUCCCAGAUCCCCCGGUCGGCUCUAGUACAGACUGUUCUGGAGGCUGCAGACCGAAAACCCCGCAGCAAAACAAGGGUGGUCAGGUUGCGUCACAAAAGAAGAAAGGGGCCAAUAAUAACAAAAAGAAACAUUUCAUUGUUCCCAAGAAUGAAAAAAACAAUGGCAAACAGGAAGGGCCGACAUCUGGUAAAGCUGGCCAGGCCCAAGCAUCGGUUCAAAAGCCCCAGGCAGUCGGUCAAAACGGUGCAGCUCAACGCCCUCAGGAAAAGGGACGUAAUAGCCCGGCUCAAAAGCCUCCAGUAAAGGGACAUAAUGGGGUUGUACAACAUCGUCAAGCGUUCCGCCAGAAUGGCGCAGAUCACCACCGUCUGUUGGGUGGCCGACCAAACGGACGAGUGCCGCAUUAUGUGUCAGUGACACACCGUGGCCCAAGCUUCCAGCCUCCGGCAAUGUCCCGCACUGGCCCCUCACAGCGCCCCCUCACGGUGUCCACGGACAACCGGGUCUCCGAACCUCUCUUUGUAGAUGCAGCCGCCGCCGCCGCCGCCGGCGCAGCCCCCUUGGUCACACCCCCGGCCCUCACGGUCGCCACCCAGUUUAUGGAGACCGACGCCCCGCCGCCCAACUGCCAAGCAAUAUACAUGUCAAGCUACCAAGCUAUCCAGUCAUCAAACUUUCACUGCCCCAUUUCAUCUGCUAACGGAGUAUUGGCCGCCCAGUCUAUGGUGCGCAUGGCGUCAGCGUCCCCCCACACAAACUACAUGAUGGCCGCCCAGCCAGACCCCAGCCACGCCCCCUGCCAACCGCCGUCACUUAUCUACCCCAUGGAUACAUCAACUGCGCCACCAAUUCCACAUCUUCCUCCCCCACCACAUCAUCUACCCUCACCUGGUCUGUUGGCCCCGCCCCCUACCCCGAUCACGCCCACCCCUGUCCGCAUAGAGGAGACCCUGGGCAUGACCAAGCUGGCCAGCGGUCAGUACAUCCAGCAUUGGGGAGAAGAUGUGUGGAUCUCUGUCACCAUCCCGGUGCCAGACGAGUCGAGAGAGCAUGGAGCCGGCCCACACAACAAGGACCAAGUCAUGUUUAUUGCCCUGGAACCUGAGCGCGCAGGUUGGCUUCUUAUUAUUGCUCUUAUUUUAGUCAAUCUUGGGAUAAAAAGAAAAAUUAUAACAUAACGGUUAUUUCCAUAGCAGCCGCUCCCACGAUACAUCUCGUCAAAGGCUGGCGGGUGCUCUGGUGUGUUUUUCCCUUCUUUCUUUUCCUAUAUCUGUCGUCU